AUGGAGAUUUCAAGUAUGUCAAAUCCAAGUCAAGAACUUUCAGAUCCAACUUCAGAAUUACUAUCAUGGCAAGAGAUUUUAAAUUCAAUCUUAAAAGCAAUACAAAAUCAAGAAUCAUUAAGCCCAACCCCCAAGGGAUUAAUUUCAA